GCCACUUCCCACCUACUGAUCCUCGAACCGGCUCUUUCUCUCUCUACAGACGCCGAUUUGCGGGGAGAGAGGGGGGGGAGAGAGAGAGAGAGAGGAAGUCGUCGAUUCAGCGAUGACGAUGGAGGGUGACGCUGUCAAUGGCGAUUCUCAUCUGAAGACGUGUGUCGUUCUCGGUGGCCGAGGCUUCAUCGGUCGAUCGCUCGUCUCCAGGUUGCUUCGACGCGGAAGCUGGAUCGUUCGAGUCGCUGAUUCUGCCCGGUCGCUCCAACUUUACUCCGGAGACGAGUCUGAUUCGCUCCUCGAGCACGCUCUCUCCUCCGGCCGUGCCUCCUAUUACUCCGUCGAUGUCCGCGAUAAAUCUCAAAUCGUUAGAGCUACCGAGGGUUCCUGUGUUGUAUUUUACAUGGGAGCCUCUGAUUUACGCUCAAAUGAUUACUAUUACUGCUACAAGGUUUUAGUUAAAGGUACGAGGAAUGUGAUUUCUGCUUGCCGUGAGACUGGAGUCAGAAAACUUGUCUACAACAGCACCGCUGAUGUUGUUUUUAAUGGUUCUCAAGAUAUACGUGAUGGUGAUGAAUCCUUGAGAUGUCCCUGCCAGUUCCAGUCCAUGUUGACGGACUUUAAAGCUCAAGCAGAAGCAUUGAUCACAUUUGCCAACGACCAGGAUAGUCUUUUGACUUGCGCGCUUCGGCCUAGCAUUGUAUUUGGACCUGGUGACACGGAGUUUGUUCCUUCCCUAAGGGAUCUUACCAAAUCUGGAUAUGCAAAGUUUAUAGUUGGAAAAGGUGAAAAUAUGUCUGAUUUCACUUAUGUCGAGAACGUCGCCCAUGCACAUAUUUGUGCUGCAGAAGCAUUAGAUUCACAAGCAGAGUUCGUGGCUGGAAAGGAGUUCUUCAUCACUAACCUCAAGCCAGUGAGGUUUUGGGACUUUGUUACCCACAUAAAUGAGGGUUUGGGGUACCCAAGACCAUCCACCAAAAUCCCUGUUCAACUGGUUUUGGGGUGUUUUUCUCUUCUUAAAUGGGCACAAGAAAAAAUGGGCUUUGGUUUUGGCAGUUCUUAUGAUGCAGCACAUCAGUUUAUUCUGUUAGCUUCCCAUACGAGGACUUUCAACUGCAAUGCAGCUAAGAAGCAUAUUGGUUAUUCACCUAUUGUAACACUUGAAGAUGGUAUAGCAUCAACCCUUCAGUGGUACUCUCGUGCACAUGAAAGUUCUGAUGAUUCAACUGACCCAUCAAAAGCUGAUAAGCUUCUUGGUUGUGGAAAAGUUGCAGACAUCUUGUUGUGGAGAGAUGAGAAGAAAACAUUCACUUCUUUUGUUCUCCUGAACAUCUUAUAUUACUGGUUCUUCAUUUCUGGAAAAUCAUUGACUUCUUCAACAACCCAACUUCUGUUCCUAUUUGCCAUCGUUCUUUAUGGACAUAGCAUCGCACCAUCGAACAUAUUGGGUUUUCCGAUAAAGAAGAUACCUCCCUGGAGUUUUGAGAUAUCGGAGUCAGCAAUGAGAGAUCUCAGCAGAAAUAUCGUGUUUGCAUGGAACCGCGGUGUCCGAAAUGUAAAGUCUUUAGGCAGGGGAGGGGACUGGAGCAUGUUCUUAAAGGUGGCAGGCUCGUUAUAUCUCCUAAGGCUGAUCUUGUCGCACUCCUUGGCGACAUUGUUUUUCGCCGCGUUAUCAAUGGCAUUCACAGUGUUCUUCAUCUACGAGCAAUACGAGCUUGAAGUCCAUCAAGUAGGGUGGAUUCUAUUCAAAUGCGUGAAGGGACUGAAAAGAGUAGCGGUGGUUGAGAAUCCUUCUGCUUCUGCUGCAUUCAUAUCUUCUUAACCAACGCCUUAUGGUUCACUCCUUUCCCAUUUACCACCCAGACACUGACCUCAAGACAGUGUAGACGUCUCUUUCUUUCCUUCCUCACAGGUUCUCUCUCUCUCCUCAUUUUAGACAUUGAACGCUUGGUUAUAAAUAAAUAGGUUAAAAAUUAGUUCCUAAUAUGAUUGAAAUCAUAUAUAUAUAUUUACUUCUUGCAAUUGUUACACCUUGAAAUUGGAUACAUUUUUUUUUUCUGA